AUGAGCCACUCUGCUCUUCCGAGACUCAAGCUUCGUUAUCGCCCGCUCUCGCCUCUCCCACUCUCUCCCCCCUCUCACCUCCGCGCUUCCCCUUCUCACCUCCGCGCUCCCCCUCUCACCUCCGCGCUUCGCCGUGUGCGCUUCCCCCGUGUUCUUCCCCUUGUGCUCCGCUCAGUGUGUUUCACCGGUGUCUUCCCCCUGUCCACGCGUUCCCGACUUUGCAAUGCGUUGUCCCUCUCUCAAAACCUUCUCUCUUUCCCCGUAGCCCAUCCGCAUUCUCCUUCCCCACCUCCAGCCCUCGUGCUCUCUACUGUCCCUCCCUCAUCACUCUCGUCGUUCCUCCUCCCCUCCUUCCCACGCACACGCCGUCCUCUGGCAGAGCCAGGGCCGCCCCUGCCAUACCAACCUGCAUCGAUGCAACAGCAGCACGCCCCCUCGCCUUCCUCUCCCCCCGCGUCACUCACUCCAUCCACCACCACUCUCCUCACUCCAUCCACCACCACUCUCCUCACUCCAUCCACCACCACUCUCCUCACUCCAUCCACCACCACUCUCCUCUCCCGUUUAUUCGUUUCUCCCCUUCCAUUCCAUCUCACCCUCCUUACCCCUUGCGUCCCUCCCCUUUGUAUUUCCAUCUCCUUGAUACUUACGCUCUCUCCUUCCUCUUUUCUCUCCUCCAUAUCCCUCCUCUGGCUCUCCCACAGCAGCCCGCCUGCCCCACCAGGGUCGGCCGGCGCCCCUCUUCCUUUCUGUCGGCUCCCACGACACACCUCCUUCUGCCCUCGCCCACCGGCCGCUGAUACCACCGUGCCUCUCCCUGCUGCCGCCUCUCCCUGCUCUACCCGUGCAGCGGCCAGCACGCACCCCGGCGCCCUCUGUGUGUGCUGCUGCCAUGCCAGCCGCACGGCCUCGUCUGCACUCAGCGUACGCACCAAGGCUGUGGCCACCAUGGGUGCUGCACCACGCCCACCUGCUGCUGCUCGCGUGCCUGGCCUAUUGUCCCGCCUCGCACGCACAGCCAUUCGACCGCAACCAGCUCAGAGGUGCGUCGCCUGCCGCCCUGCCACCCUGCCCUGCCGCCCUGCCCUGCCACCCUGCCCUGCCACCCUGCCCCUGCCCGUCGGUCUGUCAUGUCUGCAAUACUGUGCUGACAUCAUGGCAGCGGGAGUGGCUCUCACGCCCUUCAACGCCACACACAACUCAGAUACCACCUUCCCCAAUGCCACCUCCUCGGAUGCCACCAGCAGCAGCGGUGGCGGCAGCAACAGCGGCAACACAGCCGGGGAGUGGGGCCAUCACAUGCGGUACAGGAGGCAAGACGGGGAGUGCUGGAGCCGAGCUGAGAUGGCGUGCUAUGCCGAGCACGGGCGCACAGUGCAUGCGCAGUCACAAGUGCAGGCUCAGGCCCAGUCACAGGGGCAAGCAGAGGCGGAGCGCGAGUCAGAGGCGCUGGUGCGCAAGAUGCAUGAGUACCAGCGGUACCGGCGGGAGUGCCUCCGCAGGGAGGCCCUGCAGCAGCUGCGCGCCACGCUGCUGGCGGGCAACGGCAGCGAGUGCCGGUACCUGGUGUGGCAGCACAACCCCGACGGCCAGGGCAACCGCCUGCUCUCCCUCGUCUCCGCCUUCGCCCUCGCGCUGCUCUCCCGCCGCAUCCUCCUGCUCGCCCGCCCCAACGGCCCUGCAGCGCUUCUCUGUGAGCCGUUUUCUGAGGCGGGCGAGGGGCCGGAGGGGUCGUGGGUGCUGUUUCCCGGGGAGGGCGUGGAGGAGGAGAUGCAGGCAUGGAGCUUGUUUGCUGAGAAGGGGGUUGAGUGGAGCCAGGCAUGGGAGGCGUGCCAGCAGCAGCAGCAGGGUCAGCAGCAGGAGCAGCAGGGGCAGCAGGAGGUGGAGCAGCAGCAGGGGAAGAGGGAUGGAGAUGGUGUGGGUGGAGACGCGAGGAGGCGGUUUCUGUCUGGACUAGAGCAGCCUGUGGCUCCUGGUGCACCUGCACCUGCUCCUGCUCCUGCCCCACCCGUUGUUCCCUUGGUUAUACAGCCGUCCAAUCCCCCAUCCCUGCCAUCCCCUCUCAGCAAUGCCUCCGAUCAACUUCCACCACCGCUGCCACCGCCACAGCUGCUAUCAGUGGCUGCUGCUCCUGGGGAUGACAGCAGUGCGGAGGCACACGAUGCAGAGUGCACCGUUCCACCCAUACUGCGAGUGGAUCUCUUCCACCACACGCCCCCACCAGCCUUGCUCUUCUUCUGUCACGCACACCAGCGCUGGCUGGCCCGAGCGCCCACGCUGCUGCUCUCGUCCAACCAGUACUUCCUCCCUGCGCUCUACCUCCUCCCCUCCUUCCGCCGCGCCCUGCUGCUGCUCUUCCCCACGCACCGCCCCUUCCACUCGCUCGCCCGCCUGCUGCUCGUCCCCUGCAACCGCAUCUGGGCGCGCCUCACAGCGCGCUUCCACGCACUGCUUGGGCCGCUGCCCGCCAGGGUGGGCGUGCAGGGGCGCUUCUUGCACAACUGGGACGCGCAGCGCGUGAGGGAGAGGACGCUCGUCCUGGGGCACUGCGCUGGGCAGGCGCUGACCGGGCUGCUGGCCGGCCAGCCUGGGGCUGCUGCAGCGGGUGGGGUGAGCCGCGGGGCGGAAGGUGCUGCUGGUGGCGCCACUGAUGCUUCCAGUGGUGCUGGUGCUGUGAGCGGUGCAGGCGCAGCAGGGGGGUUGGCAGCAUCAGUGAUGGUGGCAUCGCUGAAUGCUCACUUGGCUCACAACCUCUCCCGUUUGCUGUCCAACCAUCUGGGGCACCCCGUGCAUGUGCGAGGGACCGUGGAGCCUGCUGGCAGCAGCAGCAGCAGCCAAGACUCAACAGAGGCAGGCCCAGGGGCGACCGACAGCAGCAGCAGCCCAGAGGAAGUUACUCUCAGCAGCGAGAGCGGCAGUGGCAGCAGCAGCAGGGAGGGCAGGGCGGAGGUGGAGGUGGUGCAGCUGACGGAGGAGGAGCAGCAGGACAACAGCGACGAGCGCAACGUGGACGACGCCAUCAUCGACCUCUUCUCCCUCGCCCUCUUCUCCCACUCCCUCCUCCUCUCCCCCACCUCCACCUUCGGCUACCUCAUUGCUGCCCUCGCCCCCCACACCCCGGCCCGCUUUGCCUCCUCCUCCUCCUGCCCGCCUGCCCCUCCAGAGCCGUGCUACCACCACCCCCCCACCCAGGACCAGUGCCCUGACGGCCAGCCGCUGCUGCUGGAGCGGGCCGUGGCUGCAGUGCCCCACCUGCCUCUCAUGCGCUGUGCCGACCUCUCACUGGGGCUCGCUCUCAACACUGCCGCUGCUCCUGCUCAUCAUCCUGGCCAGUAG